UUGGGCGUGUUUUGGGCGGGAACAGUCCACGCACGGCCCGGCGCUGGCAACACUGGUGGCCGGCGCCAUGUUGCAGUGAGCCACGUUGGGAGGAGGUCAAUAUUUACCCGUGCCCACGCCAACACACCUGCCCGAGGCGCCUGACGAGGAACAACAGCCUCCAAGAUGACGCAGUACCUCCCGCCCAACCUGCUGGCGCUGUUUGCGCCACGGGACCCCAUACCCUACCUAGCACCUGUGGACAAGCUCACCUGGGAAAAGCCCACCGAUGGCUACUCUGGGGUGCUCUCGUUUAUGAGCAAAUUUGAGGACCCCAAGGACACUCCGCCACCAACACGAGUGGAGACACGUGAGGAACGGCUGGAACGGAAGCGGAGGGAGAAGGCGGAGCAGAUGCAGUACAAGCUUGAGCAGGAGAUCGCUCUCUGGGACCCCCACAACAAUGAGGCCGCCACUACCGACCCUUACAAGUCUCUGUUCGUGUCCCGCAUCAAUUAUGACACCUCAGAGUCCAAACUGAGGAGGGAGUUUGAGAUUUACGGACCCAUAAAGAAGAUCGUCAUGAUUCACAACGUCAAGACAGGGAAGCCACGCGGAUACGCCUUCAUCGAGUACGAGCACGAGAGGGACAUGCAUUCGGCUUACAAACACGCGGACGGCAAGAAGAUAGAUAAUCGCCGGGUGUUGGUUGAUGUGGAACGCGCUCGGACCGUCAAGGGGUGGCUGCCGCGACGCCUUGGAGGUGGACUCGGGGGCACUCGGAGAGGCGGGCCGGACGUCAAUAUCAAGCACUCAGGCCGCGAGGAUGACCGUCGUAGGGGCAGCAGCGGCCGAGAGGAGGACCGCCUUCCUAACCUGCGCCCGUCCUCGGCUCACAGCGACCGUGACCGCGGCGAGCGUGUGGACCGCGAUCGAGAGAGGGAACGCAGGCACUCACGCAGCAGAGACAGGGAAAGGGAGCCCAGGGAGAGGAGGAGGAGGUCACGGAGCCGUGACCGUAAGCGCCGUCGUUCCCGUUCCCGUGAGCGUGGCGGCAUGCCCGAGGAAGGGGACGAGAGGGAGAAGAGGCGCCACCGCUCAAGGUCCAGGGACCGCAAACGUCGCUCCAAGUCCAGGGAGAGGAAACACCGCAGGGACAGGGACCGUGACAGGAGGGAGAGAGGCCCAGGCGAGGAGGGCGAAGAGGGCAUAAAGAUCAAGCAGGAGCCGGAGGAUGACUACCCCGACUACGGCAACUCCUACUACAACAACUUCCCGAUGAAGGAGGAGGACGAGCGCCUGGCCAAGAAUGGGACAAAGUACGAGGAGGAGGAGGAGGAGCCCAACAACGAGAUAGAUUACUAGGUGUUAGACGUAUUUGUAAGGACACAUGUAGGUAAGAAAUCACACGUAUACAUGAUACAUUACAUUAGGCUGGGACAAGUACUGUUAGAGAUACUAAUAGUUAAAACACACACACACACACACACACACACGUUUUGACCAUAGUGAAUAUUGCUACUUUUUCUUCCUCCUUUUCCUCUUUCUUUUUUGCUUCAUUCAUUUCAUCAUUAUUCCUUCUCAAAAUGUUCUUUAUCUUCCUUGUUUCUUUUCAUUCUGUUUUCUCUUUUCAGUUUUUGGCUCAUUUUUGUCAUUCAAUUCUCUUCAUUCGUUCUUUAUCUUUUUUUUCCUUCCCUUUUUCUUUCCUUCAGUUUUGCAAUAUUCGUAUUUCUCAUUCAUUCCUUCUCUUCAAAUGUUCCUUAUCUCUUUUUUCCUGUCUUUUAAUUUUUCUAUACUUCCUAUUUCCCUUCCCUUCCCUCCUUACACACACACACACACACACACACACAUACGUUGGGUGUUUGCAAUGCUACGGUUCUGUUACCACCAGCGAUGCAGUAACUCAUUAUCAUCGCCACUUCAGUUGUCACUCGCUGGGUAGUCGUGUAUAACUCACCCUCUCGGACCCGUCAACCCACCAUGUCACGCGUCUACGUCAGGCGUAAGGCGAUAGCAUAUAUGUAGGCGAGGUCAUAUUCACUUCGGGAGUCAUGGCCGCGUUUGUAUUUAACAGGGGUUUGGAGUGGGAUUUAGAGUCAGAGUUGGAGACAGUUGGUAAAUAUAUCUCCAACUCCGACUCCCUUACGACACGGUGAUGUGUAGCUGGGUGGUAUGUAGUGUGGUGUGGCUGGGUCUGACUUGCCUACCUCUACUGCAGAAGUGGGGACGGGGGAGGUUGGUGGAGUGAGUUGCAACCUUAGAAUUUCCCGGAGUUGAAGUCGAAAUCUAUAUCCAAUUCCACACCCCUGGUAUUUAAGGCUCUAUUGGCUAAGAGGACAAGCAUGAGAGUUUUUUAUGAUCAUUUAAAAGACUUAGUAUGUGUGAUGGCUGGAAAUUUUUAGGCUAUGUAUAGAGUAGGGAAGAUAUUCUGUGUCAAGUUGUGUGAGGAAUUCCUUGAUGGGGUGUGACUAUAGCCCGGAUCUUUAAACGUAUUGGUGCCUCAGUUCCCUUGUUUUAAAAGCCCCUCGUAGAAGUUGCUGGGAUUUCCAUGGACUGUUUAGUGAUGCUAGUGAUAGUUUUACACGGCUGCUGCAUCUUGAGCAGAACAAUCACCCAUGAAAGCCCUUUUCAUCUUCUCUGUGGCUUUGGGAAAUAGUUGUAAUGGGAGACUGAUCCGUUUAAGAAUAUGGACCUGAGACCAACCCACUGGAUGCUUCGUGUCCAAGUAGAAAGUUUUGACUGAUUGAAGACCUGAAUAAAUGAUGAUGGUACA